AUGUCAACAAAACCAACAAAGUUCUUGGUUAAAUAUUCAAGUUAUCCACACAACAAUGAUCCAAAUACAACUACGACAGCAUGGAAGUUGCUAGAGGAGGCAAUAAAGACAAUUCAUUUGAAGAAUGCAUCGUCACUGUCAUUCGAAGAACUCUAUAGAAAUGCAUACAAUAUGGUGCUCCACAAGAACGGUGAGAUGCUCUACAACAACCUCAAGAAUCUCGUCAAUGGACAUCUCAAGGAGGUUGCCAAACAAGUGGAGAUUGCCAACGAUGAGGCGUUCCUCAACGAGCUCAACACUUCGUGGUCCGAGCACAAGACAUCGAUGCUGAUGGUACGUGACAUCCUCAUGUACAUGGAUCGUACCUAUGUCGACCAGGCCAAACUACCAACCGUCUACGACAUGGGUCUAAACCUAUUCCGUGAUAACGUAGUCCAUUCACCAUACAUUAAAGAUCGUCUACUCAAUACAUUAUUGGAUUUAAUUCAAAAAGAGAGAAAUGGUGAGAUUAUAGAUAGAAUAUUAAUAAAGAAUAUAACACAAAUGUUGAUUGAUCUUGGAGUGAAUUCAAAGAUUGUCUAUGAAGAGGAUUUCGAAACACCAUUUUUGGCAAAGACAGCAUCUUAUUAUCAAGUAGAGUCACAACAAUUUAUUUCAUCUUGUAGUUGUCCAGAUUAUAUGAAAAAAGUUGAAAUAUGUCUUAAGGAAGAAUUGGAAAGAGUCUCACAUUACCUCGAUAGUAGUUCUGAACCAAAGGUUAAGGAUGUAACUGAGAAACAAUUGAUUUCAAAUCAUAUGAAGACAUUGAUUAAUAUGGAAAACUCAGGAUUAAUAUCAAUGCUUCAAGAAGAUAAGAUUGAAGAUUUAAAGAGAAUGUAUAAUUUAUUUGGUAGAGUUUCUGAUGGUUUGAACUAUAUGAAGGAGGUUAUUAGUAACCAUAUCAGAGAGAUUGGUAAAGAGAUUGUUAUGGAUGAAGAAAAGACAAAAGAACAAACAACAUUCUUCCAAAGUCUGCUUGAUCUCAAAGAUAAAUAUGAUAGAUUACAUAAAGAAGCUUUUUAUAAUGAUAAACAAUUCCAACAUUCAUUGUUUAGAGCAUUUGAAUAUUUUAUAAAUUUAAAUCCAAAAUCACCAGAAUAUAUUUCACUCUUUAUCGACGAGAAGCUAAAGAAAGGAUUGAAAGGUGUCAGUGAAGAGGAGGUCGAUGUAUUGUUGGACAAGAUUUUAAUGUUGUUUAGAUUCAUUCAAGAGAAGGACGUCUUUGAAAAGUAUUACAAACAACAUCUUGCCAAACGUUUGUUACUGGGACGUAGUGUAUCUGACGAUGCCGAGAGAAACAUGAUUGCAAAGCUAAAGACAGAGUGUGGAUAUCAAUUUACUUCCAAGCUCGAGGGUAUGUUCACAGACAUGAGAUUGUCAGUAGAUACAAUGGCUGGUUUCAAAAAUUAUAUUCAAACUUUACAAAAACCAAUGUCAUUUGAUCUAAAUGUAAAUGUUCUUACAACUGGAUUCUGGCCAACUCAGAGUGCUUCAAAUUGUAUUUUACCACGUGAAAUCCUUCAUUGCUGUGAGGCAUUCAAGGCCUACUAUCUUUCAAAUCAUAAUGGAAGACUGUUAAUUUGGCAAACUAAUAUGGGUACUGCUGAAAUCAAGGCGUCCUUCCCAUCAAAGACACAUGAACUACAAGUAUCGACAUAUCAAAUGGUUAUCCUUUUAUUGUUUAAUGAAUCACCAAAAUUAACUUUUAAAGAAAUAUCAGAACAAACAGGUAUUCCACCAGUUGAUCUAAAGAGAAAUCUUAUGGCACUCACCAGUGCAAAGAAUAAGGUGUUGGACAAGGAAACUAAAGAUGCCAAAGAGGCACCCAAUAAGAAUAUCGAGGAGAGUGAUGUAUUUUUCUUCAAUACCAAAUUUAAGAGUAAACUAUUCCGUGUAAAGAUUAUGUCUGUUGUACAAAAAGAGACUCCAGUAGAGGCUACCGAAACAAGACAAAAGGUCGAUGAAGAUAGAAAGCAUCAAAUCGAAGCUUCAAUUGUACGUAUCAUGAAAGCAAGAAAGACAAUGGAUCAUUCAAAUUUGAUUUCCGAGGUUAUCAAGCAAUUGCAAUCGCGUUUCGUUCCAAAUCCAAUCAUCGUAAAGAAGAGAAUAGAAUCUUUGAUAGAGAGAGAAUAUUUAGAGAGAUCCAAACAAGAUAGAAAACAAUACAUAUAUAUGGCCUAA